AUGUCGCUACCUGCUACGGGCGAUGCGGCCAGCUGGCCACCGGGCACCGUCAGAUUUGAAGAGGAUGACUGCAAAAAAUUAAUCCUUCAUCCCACCCCGACGUCGGAUCCCAACGAUCCCUUGAACUGGUCUACCUCACGCAAGGCAGUGAAUUUUUCGCUCGUGUGCCUGUACACCUUGCUCACUUUUGCUCAGCUCGACGUCGGUUUCACCGCGUGGGACCAGUACACUGAUGAGUUAGGCUUCAGCGAGGACACGCUCAAUGGCUCAGCAGCAGCCAACUAUCUCGGACUUGCGCUGGGCUGUAUCGCCUUCAUUCCCCUUGUCCACAAAAUUGGUCGGCGCCCGGUCUACCUAUUUAGCGCAGUCCUCCAGUUUGUCUCAUGCAUCUGGUCUGCACGUACAAACACUGUGGGAGACUUGUACGGUAGCAAUGUCAUAUCCGGAAUCGGUGGUGCUAUCAGCGAAACAAUUGUUCAGAUCACCAUUGCUGAUUUAUUCUUCAUUCACCAUCAUGCGACUGUCAAUGGUCUGGCGCUGUUGGCGACCUUUACGGGCGCCUAUCUAGGACCGGUAGCCUCCGGCUAUGUCGUAGAGAAUCAAGGGUGGCGGUGGGUAUGGUGGUGGUGCAGCAUUUUAUUCGGCAUAAAUGGGUUACUGGUUCUUUUUCUAUUCGAAGAAACCAAGUACGUACACGUCGAAUGGCUUCCAGGGGCGACCACAGAAAGCCUAGUCGCGAAUACGCUAGAAUCCGAAAGAGAUGCGCCUGAGGCUCAGCUCACAGGGCAUACGGUGCAUACCAAGAUUGAUGCAUCGAUUCCGAUCAAGCCUCUUCGAGCACGAUUCGCAUUUUUGACAAUAACCAAGGGGUCGAUCUUGCAUGACAUAUACGAGCCGAUCAUCAUUCUUAUCACCUUUCCAGCAAUAACAUACACUGCAAUCGCUUACGGGGUGCUGCUCGCCUGGUUUGCCGUUCUCAUCUCCGUUCAAGCGACGUACAUGUUUGACGCGCCCUAUAACUUUUCGGCUAUUGGUAUUGGGUUGAUGAAUAUUGCACCUUUUGUCGCAUCAAUUCCAGGUGUGUGGAUCGGAGGCUAUCUCAACGACAAAUUGAUCGUAUGGCUUGCCCACCGCAAUCAUGGAAUAUAUGAGCCAGAAAUGCGACUGUGGAUGAUUCUACCGCUUGCUAUUAUUGCACCCGCCGGCAUUCUCAUGUUCGGGCUGGGACUCAACUAUGGUGCUCCCUGGCCACUCCUUGCCGUAGGCUUCGGUAUGUACGGAUUCUGUCUCACAACGGGUGGCAUUGUGUCUUUGGCAUAUGCCAUGGACUGUUAUCACGAUGUAAUCGGAAAUGCGCUCGUUGGCGUCACCAUUAUUCGAAACUUGCUUACCGUCGGCAUCUUGUUUGCGCUGACCGCUUGGCUUGAUGGCAUGGGCAUUCAAGACACGCACAUCCUCAUAUCUGUACUGACUGUGAUUGUUCUUGUCGGGCCACUUGGUCUCAUUAUUUGGGGCAAAAAAGCCAGAGUAAAAACGGCCGCGUCAUAUAAGCGCAUGGCGAUGCGGCAGCCAACCCGGCGAAACAAGCACUAG